ACUCGGCCCCAGCCGAGUGGCUAUGCUCUGCCAACCGGCAUCGUCUCAGUCGGGUAGUGAUUGGAUUCGCAAGCGGACAUUCUAGCGGAAACUAGCAACUAAAGAUGGCCCUGAACCUGUACCAUAUGCCGCUUUCGGCACCGUGCCAAUCCGUUCGCCUACUGGCGAAGGCCAUGAAUCUACACCUCAACCUGGUCUACUUGGAUCUGAUGAAAGCCGAACACAUGAAGCCGGAGUUCCUGAAGCUCAACCCGCAACACGUAAUCCCGACGCUGGUGGACAACGACUUCGUCCUGUGGGAGUCGCGUGCCAUUUUGAUCUACCUGUGCGAGAAAUACGGCAAGAACGAUAAGUUCUACCCGCGUGACCCGAAAAAGCGGGCCGUCGUGAAUCAGCGGCUGUACUUCGACAUGGGCACGUUGUAUGCGCGAUUCGCCGAGUACUACUAUCCGGCCAUUUUCCAGAACCAAUCGUUCAACGAAGAACUGUUCAAAAAGUUGGAAGAGGCGUUCGAGUUCCUGGAGAUCUACCUCGGACAGGGGGCGUACGUUGCCGGCGAUAAGCUGACCGUGGCGGACUUCUGUGUGUUGGCUUCGGUUACCACCAUGAAGGAGGCAGCGGGGAUUGACUUUUCGAAGUAUCCGAAUAUUGAACGGUGGUAUGCCCAACUCAGUGAGGAAGUGUCCGGUCUCGAUGAGGUUUGCGUUCAAGGGGCUCAGGAAAUGAAGCCGUUCUUCGAUGCGGCCAAGAAACCAGCGGCUGCCGAGGAGCAAUAGAUUUUGUGGGUGAUGUAUUAAUUGAAAUAAAUGAUACCGGAGCGGGAGGUUUACGUGAUAAGAUAAGAACGGA